GCCGCUCCUGACCGCCCCCUUUUCCUCCUCUUGCAAACGCGGUUCCCCACGCAGACUUUGCCCUCGCCGUAUCGUGGAAUAGAAGAUGAACUCAACUGAAUUCAGUGAAGAUGUAGAAGAAGUUCUAAAAAAUAACACUGUGAAAGUGGAGACGGAGGCUGAAGAUGCUGUCCUGGACUGCUCAGUGAAUUCCAGAUCUUCAGAGAAGCACCCUCUGGACAGCGUCUUCACCACCCUUCAGGACUCCAACAAGCGAAAGCAGCCGGGCAGCGAGGGCCAGCCAGACUCUGUCUCCAGCGUGAAGAGGCGGCGGCUGAUUCCCGAGGCGCUCCUAGCAGGCAUGAGGAACCGGGAGAAUAGCUCGCCCUGCCAGGGCAAUGGGGAGCAGGCCGGCAGGGGCAAGAACUUGGUCUCCAUGUGGCCAGGUGAGGAGGAGCCCUGCAAUGAUGUGACCACCCCCUCCUACAAGAAGCCUCUGUAUGGCAUCUCACACAAGAUCAUGGAGAAGAAGAACCCUCCUGCGGGGGAUGUGCUCAGCACGUAUGAGCUCUUGGAGAAGGCAAACCCCAGCAACAGCCCUUCACCGCUGCGGCUCCUAAACGAGACACAGAAGCGGGACAGUGGCAGUGUGGCCCCUACCACCGACGGUGACCCCAACAUCUACUUUCUGAUCCAGAAGAUGUUCUACAUGCUCAAUACGCUCUCCUCCAACAUGUCCCAGCUGCACAGCAAGGUGGACCUGCUGUCCCUGGAGGUGAGCCGCAUCAAGAAGCAGGUGAGCCCCACAGAGAUGGUGGCCAAGUUCCAGCCGCCCCCCGAGUACCAGCUGACAGCCGCAGAGCUCAAGCAGAUCGUGGACCAGAGCCUGUCGGGCGGCGACCUGGCCUGCCGCCUGCUGGUGCAGCUCUUCCCCGAGCUCUUCAGCGACGUGGACUUCUCUCGCGGCUGCAGUGCCUGUGGCUUUGCAGCCAAGCGGAAGCUGGAGUCGCUGCACCUGCAGCUCAUACGCAACUAUGUGGAGGUCUACUACCCCUCAGUGAAGGACACUGCCGUGUGGCAGGCAGAGUGCCUGCCCCAGUUGAAUGACUUCUUCAGCCGCUUCUGGGCCCAGCGGGAAAUGGAGGACAGCCAGCCGGGGGGCCAGGUCUCCAGCUUCUUUGAGGCUGAGCAGGUGGACCCCGGCCACUUCCUGGACAGCAAAGACCAGGAGGAGGCCCUGUCCUUGGAUCGGAGCAGCACCAUCGCCUCAGACCACGUGGUGGACACUCAGGACCUCACUGAGUUCCUGGACGAAGCCUCCUCGCCAGGCGAGUUUGCGGUCUUCCUUCUGCACCGGCUUUUCCCUGAGCUCUUUGACCACCGAAAGCUGGGGGAGCAGUACAGCUGUUAUGGGGAUGGCGGCAAGCAGGAGCUGGACCCGCAGCGGCUGCAGAUCAUCCGCAACUACACAGAGAUCUACUUCCCCGACAUGCAGGAGGAGGAGGCCUGGCUGCAGCAGUGUGCCCAGCGCAUCAACGAUGAGCUGGAGGGCCUGGGGCUGGAUGGGGGCAGCGAGGGCGAGCCCCCGAGGGACGACUGCUACGACUCCUCCAGCUUGCCCGACGACAUCUCCGUGGUCAAGGUGGAGGACAGCUUUGAGGGCGAGCGGCCUGGCCGGCGGUCCAAGAAGAUCUGGCUGGUGCCCAUCGACUUUGAUAAGCUGGAGAUCCCGCAGCCCGACUUCGAGGUGCCGGGCGCCGACUGCCUGCUCAGCAAGGAGCAGCUGCGCAGCAUCUAUGAGAGCAGCCUGUCCAUCGGCAACUUCGCCUCACGCCUGCUGGUGCACCUCUUCCCCGAGCUCUUCACCCACGAGAACCUGCGCAAACAGUACAACUGCAGCGGCUCCCUGGGCAAGAAGCAGCUGGACCCAUCCCGCAUCAGGCUCAUUCGCCACUAUGUGCAGCUGCUCUACCCCCGGGCCAAGAACGACCGCGUCUGGACGCUGGAGUUUGUGGGCAAACUGGACGAGCGCUGCCGGCGCCGGGACACGGAGCAGAGGCGCUCUUAUCAGCAGCAGCGCAAGGUCCACGUGCCAGGCCCCGAGUGCAGAGACCUGGCGAACUAUGCAAUCAACCCCGAGAGGUUCCGAGAGGAAUUUGAGGGGCCCCCGCUACCCCCCGAAAGAAGCAGCAAGGACUUCUGCAAGAUCCCUCUGGACGAGCUGGUGGUGCCCUCGCCCGACUUCCCGGUGCCUUCGCCGUACCUGCUGUCAGACAAGGAGGUGCGCGAGAUCGUGCAGCAGAGCCUGUCCGUGGGCAACUUCGCCGCCCGGCUCCUCGUCAGGCUCUUCCCCGAACUCUUCACCGCCGAGAACCUCCGGCUGCAGUACAACCACUCCGGGGCCUGCAACAAGAAGCAGCUGGACCCCACGCGGCUCAGGCUCAUCCGCCACUACGUGGAGGCAGUGUACCCCGUGGAGAAGAUGGAGGAGGUGUGGCAUUACGAAUGUAUCCCCAGCAUCGAUGAACGGUGCCGCCGGCCCAACAGAAAAAAAUGUGACAUCCUGAAGAAAGCCAAGAAAGUGGAGAAGUGAUGGGUACCCUGGGGCCUGGGCCUUCUUUCGGAGCACGUGUAUGGUAUCCACAGACACGCACCUUAUGUCAGUGGGAAGUGGCUUAUUACUUUUGCACACAUGAACACCCACCCAACCACAAGAAAGAAGCCUUACAUUUGGUCUCUCCUACUUCCAGCCUUUGUCCUGAGUUCCCCAGGGGUGCAGCCCCUGUGAGAGCAGAGAGGCCUCAGGAGCAGGGCUUCUCUCUCCUUGGCUGUGCCCUCCCCUCUUCUCAAUUUGAAACGCAAAUUCAGCAACUCCCUUGUUCCUCUUCCCACAUUUUACAUCUUCCAUUUUUAUCAAUUGUUUUUUAAUUAAAAGGAAACCCUUUUUAAAAGAUCAUUGGGCUCUUUGGGGGCCACUUUGCUUAGGAAAAAAAAAAUCUUUUAAAUAUUCAUGGUGAAAUACUGUUAGAAGGCUUCAGUGGCUGAGGUUUCUUUUUAAGAUGGUUUCAGGUUUAUGAAAUUUUGAGAAUGGCCAUGUUUAUGCAUGAGGGCUAAUAACAGCUUCAGGGGGCAUAGAGACUGGCCUGACUGACCUUGUCUUUUACAUCUGAUUUUGGAAGAGUCAAGAUGCCCCUUGGAUGGCAGUAGAGGGGGUGGGAUAGCGCGAUGUCCUUCCCGACCAUGGCCGCUUUCUCCCUUCUGCUGUGGUGUGAGGAAGGGGCGUACUUGUGGCCUAGCCUGUUCGUCGUUGCUGGGCCGGUAGAAUGUUGUGCUCACUCUCUGUAGACAAGAACACUGGAUGAUGAUGAUGAUGAUAUGAAUGUAGAUAGACGUGGAAACACGUUCACAAUGUCAUUUGAGCUGUGUCCUUCCACUGCCCCCUUCCCUCUCCACAUGAGGAUGCUAGUUGGAGGGGCAGACACAUUUCUUUGGAGAACAGUGUGUGUGAAUAAUUGGCUUCUUGUUUGAUGUAAGGAUGGGUCCCUUUGGACUCACCAAGAACUGUUUACUUUCUCUGUUUGUAUUUGUACGAAGCCUAGGUUCUGGGAGCUUACGGUGACUUCACCACACCUCCGUGUUGGCUCCUCCAGUCAGUAUGCAUCCUUGUUCCUCAGGGCAGGCCCAGACCCUUGGGCCCUCUUGGGGAUACCUGGUAUUGGAAGGACACAGAUCAUCUCAAGUGAGGCUCCCAUGUCCCUUUCCAGGGUCCAUGCAGAGCUUCCCCCUCAGACCCUCUAGACGGUCCUACUGUCCUGUAUCUGGCUGUUCCCUUGGCCUUGGCCUGAGAUGUUUCUUCUCUCCCCACUGGUUGGGAAGGUCAGACUGCUUCAGGCCGGUGGCAUGUUCUCCAGGAGUUCCAACCAGGAAAUUGCCCAAUAGUUAAAGUCCUUGGAAAUAAUACUUUUAUGUACCAGACUUUGGGAGCCAAAUGCCUAAGAGGGAAAGGAAACAGUCUAACUCAAACUGAAUGCAUUAUACCAGAAACCUGGAAAAAUGAGUGAAUCACACAGGGUACUCAUAAAACCCUGUGGCUUAAUAAUUGGCUACCUUAAAAUGCAGAAACAAUCUGUGAAUUGUCUUUGUACAGCUGAUAAGGACUUCAGUUCCCGUAGCUGUAUGACAGAAUUUUGCCUGCACCCAACAGGCUUUUUUAAAAUAUAUAUGACAGGAUUUUGAACAAUGUAUAUGUGCUGAUCUAACUUUAGUAAAUUUGCUUUUAAAUGCCAUUUACAGAUUAUUUCUGUUGAAACUGCAGGACUAAAUUAUUGAAAUUUAGAAGUGCACAGGGAUUUCAUGACUCUCUCACCCACCCAUACAUGCACACACACAUUUGUUAUUAAAAUGAGGUGAGAUGACGGGGACCUACAUAAACAAGUUCAACCUCUUUGUGCCUGGAAAGAAGGGACUGGAGCAACCAGGAGGCUCACUCCCCCCCACACACACACCUGGGCCUUUCUCUAUGCCUUAGUCUCCCCAACACAAAUGCAUGCAUGCACAUACACACAUGCACACGCACACGUGCACACACACGCCCUACCCAAAGAUGGCAGUGGCACUCGCCCACCAGCCCUGCUGACUGGAGGGUGCCCUGGAAUUCGUUCUGGUCUCUAGGAUGUAUCCAAGAGGAUUCCAAGCCAUGUGAAAAUUUUUCUGCUUUCUAGAGGGUGGAAUGUGACCCUGCAACUUCAGAAGCACAAUCAUUUAUUAAUAAUUUUUAAAAAUCCUAUCUACCCACGUUAAAAAAAAUCAACAGUUCUAGGUUCUAAGGAUGAAAUACAUCUCUGUAACCUAGAGCAUGUUCAGUUUUUGGAAACCAUAUUUUGGUGGUCCCAAUACCCUUCUGCAUAGGGCUUCUUCUCCCCACCCCUCCAAAUCUUAGAGUCCCGUUCAGUGAAGAGAGGUGGCCACACUCUGGGAGCUGUUUCCUGUCCCUCUGACUGUCAAUCAGGAAGCGCAAGCAGGCCCUGUGUCUCUCUGUGUGGUGUCCUCAGUUCUCCAGCCAUGCAGGUGGGCUCCAAGGGCAGUUUUUUACAUGAAGCAAUACAAGUACAAAAUACUUAUUUUUUCCAAAAUAUAAUGUUUUCCAUAAAAUCUGUUGGCAAAUCCCUUCCUUCUCUCUGUCUAAAUUUUUUUGGUUUUUACAUGUUUUUCGGAUUUUUUUUUUUAUUGCCUUGUAUCCGGAGAACUAAAGAAUUAGCACAGACACAUUCUGAUCUUAAGUAAAAUAGCAAGUCACAAUAGGUGUUAGUGCCCCUCAUUUUCUGUGUUAGUAACUUUUAAAAGAAUGUAUGAAGAUAGUCAUGAAUGUACUAAGUGUUCUAAUCCUGCUUCAGUUCACUUUGGCUGUGUCUACAUGACAACAACCAUUUGACAGGGAAUAAAGUCGUGUCUCGUGUCGUGGGCGUUAAUGUGCCCCUCCCCAUUCAGUGUCCACCCUGUACCUUCCUUUAAGUGUGUGGUGGGGGGAGGGGAAUCACAUCAGCAGCAAUCAUCACCCAACCAAUGGGAUCUACUUAGUGAUGAACGGAGUAGCUGUUUAAAUGGUAAGAGUCACUGGCUGACCAUACCACAGCGUGGCCGCCAGGUUCCUGGAGAGAUGGCCUCAGUCUCCACCUUUCCCCCAAAUGUUUGCCUCUUGCCUGAUUGAGGGGGGCUUGUCUCAAGACCCCUGAUUGGAGGUCAUUGAGCUCUCACCUGCCUGUGUAAAUAGAUGAUAUGAAGUGGGGGUGGGGGCCAAGGGGCUAUUAUUGCCAUUUGGAAAUACUUGCUUCGCGUAGAUCCAGCCUUAAUGUUUUUCUGACAUCCUAGUGAUAGCAGACCCUGCACAAAGUGGAUAUCAGAGUUAAUACUGUGAGGAGACAGAAUAAUGAGAAUAGUUUUACCAAAGAUAAUGAAAUAUCACAUAAUGUCCGCAUUUUACCAUUGAUUUGAGUGCACCCUUAGAAAACUGAAUGUAACAGAAACCCAGGACAUUUUUGGAAAUUGUAUGCUCUCUAGCAACUUUGUGUGAAUUUUUAUACAAGCACUGUUUUAUGAGUUAUAUAAAAUGUUAUAAAAAAAUAGAAAAAA